AUCCAGCAGGAUCCUAUCCCUUUCACUUCUAACCAAGUCAGUCGCAUUUUAGUGACGUGUCAGAAACUUCCGUUGCUGCUGCGUGAACUUCCUACACACGUGCAUUUCAGAAGUUGUUGGAACACUGAAAAGCCCUAGCUCCAACCCCUAAUCCAUCCCCGAGCAGAAAGGAUGUCCAGUGAUGUGGAGCGGCUGUUGAUCCAGUUUCAGGAUGAAGCGGGGGAGCCGCUGGGUUCUCCCUUUGAUGUCCCGCUGGACAUCACACCUGACAAACUACAGCUGGUCUGCAAUGCACUGCUACAGAAGGAGGAGCCGGUACCAUUGGCGUUUUUUGUGCGUGGCGAGUCAGAGGUGGUGGAGAGCCUGAGGGUGUGUGUGAAGGCCCUGGGGGUGGAGACUGAGACGGUUCUGCCCGUAGUGUACCAACCCCAGGCGGUGUUCAGGGUCAGGGCUGUCGCUCGCUGUACCUCCUCCCUACAGGGACACACAGAGGCUGUCAUCUCUGCCGCAUUCAGCCCUACUGGGAAGUACCUGGCCAGUGGUUCUGGAGACACUACAGUGAGGUUCUGGGACCUGACCACCGAGACACCACAACAUACCUCCAGAGGCCACUCCCACUGGGUGCUGACUAUUUCCUGGUCACCUGACGGACGGAAGUUGGCUUCUGGCUGCAAGAACAGCCAGAUCUGUAUAUGGGACCCAGUGACAGGACAGCAGAUGGGGAAGACCCUGACAGGACACACCAAGUGGAUCACAUGGAUCUCCUGGGAACCUCUACACCUUAACCCAGAGUGCCGUUACCUGGCUAGCAGCAGUAAGGACGGGGCGGUGAGGGUUUGGGACGUUGUGUUGGGGCGCUGUGAGAGGAUCCUGACGGGGCACACCCAGUCUGUUACCUGUGUGAAGUGGGGAGGAGAUGGACUGCUAUACACAUCAUCACAGGACAGGACCAUUAAAGUCUGGAGGGCUAAAGAUGGGGUCCAGUGCAGGACUCUUCAAGGCCAUGCUCACUGGGUCAACACCCUGGCUCUCAGUACUGACUAUGUGCUACGGACUGGUGCCUUUGAGCCCGCCGACGCUACCAUCAACCCCCAGGACCAGACUGGCACAUUUGAGGAACUCAAAGAGAAAGCCUUGCAGAGAUACAACAAAGUCCGGGGUGAGGCCCCGGAGCGUCUUGUGUCGGGCUCUGAUGACUUCACCUUGUUCCUCUGGAACCCAGCAGAGGAUAAGAAGCCUCUGGCGAGACUGACGGGUCACAGCGCUCUGAUCAACGAGGUCCUGUUCUCCCCCGACACACGCCUCCUUGCCUCUGCUUCCUUCGACAAGUCCAUCAAGAUCUGGGACGGACGCACCGGAAAGUACCUACAGUCCCUGCGUGGUCAUGUAGCAGCAGUGUACCAGGUGGCGUGGUCAGCAGACAGUAGACUGAUGGUCAGUGGUUCCAGUGACUCCACUCUGAAGGUCUGGGACAUCAAGACUGGCAAACUACACACUGAUCUACCUGGACACGCAGAUGAGGUGUUUGCAGUAGACUGGAGUCCUGAUGGCCAGAGAGUAGUCAGUGGAGGAAAAGACAAGUGUCUCAGAAUAUGGAGGAGGUAGCCACACCAAUCACGUGCCUUACUAGCCCCUGUCUCCACCAAUCAGGAAGCCAGGAUGACGGACAGAAGGCGGGGCCAGUGGUCUGAGACUUCCUGGUCCUACAUUGGAACAUAAUGCCCUGCUUUACCUGUCAACAACAACCACACUUACCGAGGACUGCUGAUCAAAGUGAUGUAGGAGGGAGAGAGUGAUGAGAAAUUGAGAGGAGGAUAUAACCAGAGGCAUGGAAGUAGUGGAGGGAGCCGGAGGCUAGUAAGGUACUAUAUCUAAUAGGUGUGUGUUGCCGUCUAUACCUGAGCCCUAGCUGGCAGGUACACAGCAAGGGGACUGUAGGAAUAAAGGAGUCUUAAUACAGGUCGUUGGAACACCUGGUGUCUUCUAUUAAUGCAUCCCCUCUCUCUCAAGGUUAACAUAGUAAAGUAAAACUAAUCAGGAAAAAAUGAUUUAGUAAAUUGAAAUAAAUAUAAUUAACAAACCCGUUUGAAAAAUGAAAACUAUAUUUGACUCCAAAACGACUUAAAAAAUAAAAGCCAUCAUGAAUGAUCCGUUUUAGUUUUUCCCCCUAAUGUUCUGCAUAAAUGGAAUUGGGUUUUCACGGUUUAGGGGGGGUUCAAGCUACUGAAUCUGGGGGGUAAAUGCUGCCAGAAGAUGGCGAUAUUUCAAAUAGGCCUAGCUUGUGUAUCACUAGCUAUCAGGAAAACAUCUAAAUGUACUACUAAAGUUGAAAAGUAUUGAAUUGGUGUGAACAUGUGCAACAGGGUUUCCUCCUAUAUUUUUGGCACUACAUUUAUAAUUUAAACAACCUAAUGACCAUCUCCUUUUGUAUUACUGCCCCCCAGUGGCAAGAAGUUAACCCCCCCUUCUCCUAGCCUCCCACGCAUGCUUUCUAUCUCUAACACUAAAGCUUAAACUGAAACUUAAUAAAUAACAAACGAAAUAGCAAUUUUUCUAUACAACUCAAACUAUAAUCACCUCCCUGGUCCUGGCUGCUUCUCACCUGCUGGUUCUCUCUUGACUAAUACAGCCUACGUUCCUGACACCUGCUGUGUCUGUGGUCAGUCAACUGAAAGGCGAAGUCCUGCCCUGCUGCUUCCCUCUACGUUAGUGACAGGAUCAUUAGCUGCUCUGUCCUUUGACUGACUGGUCCUCUAUACCUAGCCCGAUGGCUCUAUUUUUAAGUUAUCUGCUGUGUCUGAUCUAGUCACUGUCUGAAGGACCUCUCCCUCUGUAUUCUACUAUGUAAACCAAGAUCAUUGUGCUUCAUCAUUAAACACCUUAGAUAUCGAA